UAAAAAAAAAACUUAUACAUGUAUAACGUUGAAAUACUGAUAUAUUAUAGAUAUAUAAGUGGCUGGAUCUAACAUAUUAAAAAGAACAUAUUACUAAGGAGAGAAGACUAUAAAAGCGGUUUAUUUAAACAAAAAUAUGCUCCGAACAAUUCUAUAUGGUGUUCUAUGGUUAAAUAUCAACUAUUUUUUUUAAGCGCAUUUAAUUUCAUUGAAUUUCAACACCAAGCGUGACGCGGAGUAGUAUCGUUAAAAGCAACAUUAUGAAAACGUUGUCCGCGUCCUCUUGCGGCAUGCCGAUCAACAAAAUUAAAUUGUAUAUUAUUACAACCAAAAUUUUAAAACUAUAUGUAAGUGUUUGAAAGUACAUUCAUGGCAUAUUUUCAUUUUGGAACUGCAAAUAUGCCAGAAUAAACAUAAAAUUAGUUGAUGCGUCGCUACUUCGAGAUCUUUGUUUAUUGGUACAGUGUACCUAAAUGCACUGACAACUUUAAUAUUUACAAACUAUUGAAAUAUUUGAAAUAAAGCACAGCUAGCGAUUCUUUCCCCUAAUAAAUCUUCAUGAUUUAUAAUGAUUGCAAUUCUUCAUUAAUUUUCAACAAUAGCAUUACCACGAUUGUACACAGUCGAUUUAGCGUUGAUCAUAUAAUAUGAAUAUGAUUUCAUCUAUGAUAUAUAUCUAUUGAAAAUGAUAAACAAGAGGAGGGGUAUUCAAAUGUUGCUCGUUUUCCGUUAGAUCUCAAUAUUAAAAGGAAUAAAAUUUGAUAAGCAUCUAUAGAUUAAUAAUAUUACUGAAGUAAUUCCCGUCCCUGCCCGCGGAUACGCCCAUUUAAGGUUAUGAUUCUGAGGUAAACGCUGAUGAUUCCGAGGGCCUCUGUUGAUAUCCAUCUCGUAUUGUAUGCUCGACAACAGGUGCUUGUUUUGUCGAGGUAUAUAAACCUGAAUAACUAUCCCGUUACAAAAACUAACACGAACCGCUGUCGCCUCUGUUGAAAUUGUUGAAGUUUAGGGCCCAUUUUGAUAUUAUUCUCGCACAUUUUCUGACAAUUAAAAUUUGGACAUUAAGAGCGGAGAUGCGAUUCGUCAAAUCGCUAAUUAUCGUUCGAGUAUCUUCCAUUUGAUCAGUAAUUGAGCCGAAGUAAUUUCCUGUCGACCGUUUAAAUUAAUUCUAACGCGGCAGUUUAAAUUUCAAAUCAAUGUUUUAAUUCUGGACAGAAGUAGAUGAGUGCUGCAGAGAUGACAGGACUGCCAUUAUUUUCGCCCGGUACAGCGACAGACAGAAACGACGAGUCUGGAAAACCCACUCUCUUCCGACCAUACGCCCUCUCUCCUAAUCCGGGUCCCCGGUAUUAUGAUCCCAGAGACUUCCCAUCGGUCAACCAUGGCAUGCUGUGGGCCCCAUAUGUUGAUUCUGUGAUAAGCAACCGAAGAAGCGCAAUUGGUGGGAGUAAACCCAAGGUAGCCACGCCUACAGUAGUGAGGAAGAUAGAGGAGUAUAAGAAUGUCAACCCCACAGUCUUCGCCUGGGAAAUCAGAGACAAACUUCUGAAAGAAGGCGUUUGUACACAAAGUAAUCUUCCUAGCGUCAGUUCCAUCAACAGAAUUAUCAGAAACAGGGUGGCAGACAGAACGGCCCUGGCAUACGCCAGAAUGCUCAACAGUUCCUUCUACCCCUUUCCACCCCCACCGCCACCUCUUUGGAGAUCCAUGCUGUCUUAUCCAGAGAGCUCGUCUAUUUACAGACCACCACGUGCAUGUGAUUCUCAGCAUCACGUGGUGGUAUCGGAAGCUUCACAAGAAUUCCAGAGUCACCAAGACGAGCAGGUUACAGAUGUCGAGUCAAACAAUUUUCGCCUUAAUGUGGAAGAUGAAGAAGAACCUGGGAAUCUAGCAUCCAAACUACGACGAAACAGAACGACCUUCACUUCUGAACAGUUAGAUCUCCUGGAACAGUCCUUCCAAAGAGCCCACUAUCCAGGGGUUCAAACCAGAGAAGAACUCGCUACCAAAACCAACCUAUCGGAAGCAAGAGUGCAGGUGUGGUUUUCUAAUAGACGAGCAAAAUGGCGAAGAAGUCAGCGGUUUAGUUUCAUACAACAGACAGCCUUUCCUGUAUUUUCACCAUUCCCGCCAAUAUCGGUGGCCAGUAACUCCAGAUGUGUCACCCUACCGUCAGAGGAAACGAUCUCCAGCCAACGUCCCACUCAGAGCUGUGACGUCAUCGGUAGCCAACAAUCAGCGUUCACAAGAUUAAACUUUCCAGAGGAGAGAAAAUCGGUUUAAAGAUGUGUUGUAUCGUUCAGCAUCUUAUUGAUCUCAUUUAUUUGUAAAUUAUAGACUGAAAUAUUGAAGGCUGGAUAAAUGUGCAAUAGUGUACGUAACAUAGAAAGGAUCUUGCAUCGGUAGUAGUAUCAUAAACGACUGUACGGCCAUCUUGUCGAGUUGCCCAUCGCUUUGAUAUUCCAUGCAUUUGAGUAAAAGUAGAAAGGAAGUAUUUAGUGUUAAUUAAAUACAAAUUCAUCGUAGCUACAGAUCUGUACAUAGCUCGGGACAGACCCAGAGAGCUACAGGUCUGUACAUAGCUCGGGACAGACCCAGAGAGCUACAAAUCUGUACAUAGCUCGGGACAGACCCAGAGAGCUACAAAUCUGUACAUAGCUCGGGACAGACCCAGAGAGCUACAGAUCUGCAGCUGAUGGCGUCUAAGAUAGUUUAUUUCCAAGGAUGAAUUGAUAGUGAAUCCUUGUCAAGUCAAGUGAUGGGAUACAGUCCGUAGCCUGUAUCAGAGUAAUUCUGUACAGCUAUUACUGAAAACUUGAUCUCCCAUAUGUCAAACACAGGACUGACCAUACGGUCGUUAAAUCAUUGAUGUACAGGUAUAUGUCGAUUAAAUUCACUAUACUCAUUAAAAUUCUAAAGGUA